UGGUCACUUCUGGAAACAAGAUGGGACGACACCUGAGUCCAAGUUCAACAUGUGUAUGGACACAAACGCAGACCUGCAGCACCAUCAAGAGGAGAAAUUCAGAUUCAUGGGUUACGCCCGGCGAGCAUGCGCAGUGCAGUGCCGGAUCUGAAGCGCGCAUUCCUUGCCAGGAUUCUCUAAUGAAUGGCACGAUGGCCGCGUCGUCUGAUAGGAUCAUGCUCGGCCCUCUUGUAGCAGCAAUCGACCAGGGAACUAGCUCUACUCGGUUCUUGGUGUUCAAUGCAAAAACUGCAGAGCUGCUUAGUCACCAUCAAGUCGAGAUUCAGCAAAGUUUCCCUAAAGAAGGCUGGGUGGAGGAGGACCCCAAAGAGAUUCUGCGGUCUGUUUAUGAGUGCAUGGACCGAACCUGUGAGAAACUGACGCAGCUUAACAUCGAUAUCUCCAACAUCAAAGCCGUCGGUGUAACCAAUCAGCGAGAAACCACACUGGUCUGGGAUAAGGAAACAGGCGAGCCACUCUACAAUGCAGUCGUGUGGCUGGACCUGCGUACACAGUCCACUGUGGAGAGACUCAUCAAAGACACACCAGGCAGGAACAAAAAUCACCUGAAGCACAAGACUGGCCUUCCCAUCAGCACGUACUUCAGUGCGGUGAAGCUGCGCUGGUUAAUGGACAAUGUAGAGGAAGUGCACAAGGCCGUGCUUUCACACACAGCUAUGUUCGGGACCGUCGACUCUUGGUUGAUAUGGUGCCUAACUGGUGGAAAGAAGGGAGGUGUCCAUGUUACAGACGUAACCAAUGCAAGCAGGACCAUGCUCUUCAACAUACACACAUUGGACUGGGAUCCAGAUCUCUGCACCUAUUUUGGGAUCCCAAUGGAAAUUCUGCCAAAAGUGAGGAGUUCUUCAGAGAUCUACGGUUUAAUGAAAAUCAGUUCUAGUCUGAAAUCUGGUCCACUGACUGGCGUUCCAAUAUCAGGGUGUUUAGGGGACCAAUCUGCCGCUCUCGUGGGACAGAUGUGCUUUCAGGACGGCCAGGCCAAAAACACUUACGGGACUGGCUGCUUCUUGCUCAGAAACACAGGAAGAAAGCCGGUGAUGUCAGAUCAUGGCCUCUUAACAACAGUAGCGUAUAAACUAGGCCGAGACAAGCCAGCCUGCUAUGCAUUAGAGGGUUCAGUCGCUAUAGCAGGUGCGGUGGUGCGCUGGUUGAAAGACAAUCUUGGGAUUAUAGAAAGUUCCACAGAGCUCGAGAACCUGGCCGCCAGUGUCGGCACAUCGUAUGGCUGCUACUUUGUCCCUGCAUUUUCGGGUCUCUACGCCCCCUACUGGGAACCAAGUGCUAGAGGAAUCAUCUGCGGUUUAACUCAGUUCACAAACAAGAGUCAUUUGGCCUUUGCUGCUCUUGAAGCAGUCUGCUUUCAGACACGUGAGAUCCUGGAUGCGAUGAAUCAGGACAGUGGGAUUCCUCUGACUCAGCUGCAGGUGGAUGGAGGCAUGACCUCGAACCAACUGCUCAUGCAGCUCCAGGCUGAUAUUCUCUGCAUUCCAGUAGUUAAGCCGUCCAUGCCGGAGACCACCGCGCUCGGAGCAGCCAUGGCAGCAGGAGCAGCAGAGGGCGUCGGUGUGUGGAGUUUGAAUCCCGAAGACUUCACCGAUGUCACUUCUGAGAAAUUUGAACCUCAGAUCAAUCCAGAGGAGAGCGAGUUCCGCUAUGCUCGCUGGAAGAAAGCAGUCCAAAGAGCCAUGAACUGGGAGACUACAGAGCCAGUCAACAACGGAAAUGAGGAAUCUAAUAUCUUCAGUAGUGUUCCCCUGGGCUUUUACAUUCUGGGUAGUAUGUUUAUGUUGAUUGGAGCAAAAUACAUUACAGGAUUCAAGUAGACUUCAUGCCUCCUCUUCGAUCUUUAGUAACGAGGGAAAAUAAAGCAGGAUUCAAGGUACGUCGUCUGGUGUCCGGUCAUUAUAAUGUCGUUCCCCACUGGACAUUCCAGCUACAGCUGCUAUGAUUGCAUCUUCAGUGAAUGUCAGAGAACUGAUUUAUCUCUCUGACUUGAAAAUGAUGAAAGAAGUUUUUAACUUUUGGUACCUGGUUGCUGUAGCUUGAGUUGAAAGCUGGUGAAUGAAACUAUUUCUAUAAAGAAGACUCUAUGAUUUUCUGAAAUUGCACAGCACUGUUGUACAGCUGGCUGCGUUUACACCUUAAUCUUACCCAAGAUGUUGGCUUAUGACUCACUGAUGAUCUUUAUGGAGAUGAUUACCGUUACCACAUGUACCUCUGUGUGUUUGCUGGAAUGUGUUGUAAAUUUGAACAAUUUGUAAUUUUCAUGUCGUAUUUAUUAACAUUUUAGUCUAAAUUUCAUCGUCAUAUCAUGCUUUAGAAGGUGCCAAUAGUUUUUCUGAAUAUAUCUGAGGAACGGUGCAACAUACAAGAGCACUUGGGUACAAAUAAUGGCAUGCACUGUAUCAGUACUGUGAACGAUUUUACCUUCAUAGGGUUCCUUAUGGCUGUUGAACAAAACUGUGCAUUACUUUAUCGUUACUGUAAAAUACCCAACCCAAAAUACCCUGGACCCCGUGGGUAUAAAAACUCAAGUUCAAGUUUUCAAGUUCCUUCAAACUUUUCGAAAACGCUAGAAUGUAGAAAGACUUCUUUAUGGUGAUUUAUAUUUUAGAUAUAUAUUACAUUUAUGGUGAUUUAUAUUUUCAUUUCUUGUAAUACAGAGAUGUCUCUGACCUAGAGACUGUGCUUUCCCAUAAUGCACUGUGCACAUACAUCACUUUUAGCGCUGAGAAUAUUGACUCGGCAAGGAGAUUUUCAGAAAUAACAUUUUAAGACAUUGUGUAAUAAAAUAAUCUAACCUUAGUUACGUCAUCUGUACCAUAUAGUUAAAGGUCAUGUUCGUUUUUUUUUUUUUUUUUUUUUUUUUUUAAUAAUUACAUUCAUGUUCGCUCACUAUGAACUUGACUUCCAUUAAAUUAAAAAAAAAAUAACGUUAUCAUCUUUGUGAUGAACUAUGUGACACAAACUCAAAGCUCCUUCCAAAACGAAUGCCAUUUGUGCCUCUACAAAAUUCAGUUAUUUAUGUUCAUAGGAUUUCUUAAGCUCUUUGUGAAAACUGAUAGAAACCUACAUUGACUUUUAUAAAGGAUUAUUGUACCUGGUGUGAGUUGCUAUAAAGGCAGCUGUUGUUUCAGACAACUGAAGUAUUUCAGACGUACUUUUGUUUGCCAAAAGUAACAGGAAAACAACAGACUGGCAAAAAUGGAUCAAUACUCACCGAUCAGUCAUAAUGUUAAAACUACUGACAGGUGAAGUGAAUAACAUUGAUUAGCUUGUUGCAAUGCCACCUCUGAAAUAGUGGGAUAUAUUAGGCAGCAUGUGAACAGUUAGUUUCUUAAAAGUUCAUUUGUCGAAAGCAGGAAAAUUGGGCAAGUGGACGUAUCUGAGUGACUUUAGUGAUCUGAGUAAAUUAAGAUGGCCAGUCAGAGCUGCUUCAGAACAGCAAGUUUUAUAGAGUGUUCUCAGUAUGCAGUGAUUAGUACAAAACACAACUGAUCCAAGGAAGGAUCAUCAACAGGGAUGAAGAGAUGGCACCAGGAUGCACUAUGUGAAGAAGGCAAGCCCAGUUAAGGCAGAGUGAUGCUCUGGGUAAUGUUCUUCUGGGAAACCUGGAGUACUGGCAUUCACAGGGCGGUUACUUUAAAAUGUACCAUCUAUAUAAACUGCUACCCUGCAGAGAUUGUUUAGGAAUGGUUUGAGAAACGACUGAAGAGUUCAGUGUGUUGACUUGUCCUCCAAAUUCCCUCAAUCUCAUUGAGCAUCUAUUGCAUGGGCUGGACAAACUAGUCUGAUAUACAGAGCGUCCACUUAACUUAUAGCACUUAAAGGAUCUGAUGCUAACAUUAAGGUGCCAGAUACUACAGCACACCUUCAGAGUGGAACAAGAAUUAAAUGUGUACAAAGAAAAAUUUUGAGUCCCGAUGACAUUACAGCUGUCCAUGGGAAAGAUGACAUACUCACUUUUAGGCAAUCAUGAGUGUGUUUGAAGUCAUAUGUAUGCAGAAGAGAGUAGAAAGCAUUUUCCUCUGUGUCUGUUUAAAGCAGCAGUUUGGAAAGGUUUGCUGCUAUCCGUUAUCUCAGAGAAUGCAUGUGUUCACCCUCCUUUUCUGGUAGCUGUUGUGGGUGAGACUUUACACAGAAAGUGAAAUAACACAAUCUUGUGUGUGUUUUGUGUAAUUACGUUGUGUCAAAUUAACACAAAAUUGACAAAAGUCUUUUAUAAAGUAGGGUUAUGUCAGUGGUCAUAAAGUGCUUAUAUAGAUUUCCUUUAAAUUAUGAGGACUGUUCUUAAGUGAAGUGUAAGCAUUUUUUUUUCUUUUGUAUUUAGUAAUUGACUGUAUUAAUUGUGCCAUUGAAUUUUCAGAUCACUGCUAAUUUUUGGAGUAUAGAGUUAAGCAAUAGUGCUUAAGGUCAUUUUAAUUUAUAUUUUUUGAUUUUCUUUAUUGAAGUCAAAAGCCAAUGAACUUAAUACGAGUAUAUUAGAAUUCAUAAUGCUUUGCACAUGUUUUAUACAGAACCAAACAAUUCGUGUCCCCAACAUUUUUUUUUUUUGUAGAUUUUUAAAAGGGACUUUUUAGACAUUUGUGUGUUUAACAAAAAUGUGUAAUAUAUAAAUGCGAAUUUUUAUUUAUUGUUUUUUUGUGUACUUGAAUUGACCCAUAAACUGUUAUAGCACAUACCAGUAGCCAGUGUUACUGAACUAUGGACUAUGGUCUAUGAACACAAUGGUCUAUGGACUAUGAACACAAUGCACUAGCUAUAACAACCUGCUCUACACAGGUAUCACAGGUGAGGCUAUUUCAAAUUUCUGAAAUUAAUGAUCCGUUGAGUGAGUGUCAUAUCACUAUAUACUAAAAUAUGCAUAAAUAAAUUCAAUUAAUAAAAAUAAACAAGAUUUAAGACAUUAACCUUCAAAGACGUGCUACAUGGAAGUGCAAAGUACAGGACUUGAGUGACUUUUUUAAGGUUUUUUUUUUUCCUUUGCAAUAGUUUUUGUUGUAUGUUUAUUUUAUUUUCUCCAUUAUACAUUUUGCUUGAAAUUCCCUCAAAUGUACACAUUAGAUUUUGCUGCGCAUUAAAACUGCUGUAAAUAUUC